GCGGGCCGGCCCCGGAGGCUCCGGCGUCGGUCGGGCGCGCGUCGGCCCCAGCGCAGGCAGAGCGGAAGCGACGUCGGGCGGCGGAAGUGGCGUCACGGCGAGCGCAGGGGAGCGCGCCCAGCCCGCAUGGAGGAUCCCGCGCCGGAGGCGCAGCAGCUGCGCAGCCUGCGGGACUUCCUGCUGGUCUAUAACCGCAUGACGGAGCUUUGCUUCCAGCGCUGCGUGGCCGACCUCAACUACCGCGCCCUGACCCGCCACGAGGAGGCCUGCCUGGACGGUUGCGCCGGGAAGCUGGUGCGCUCCAACCACCGCCUGAUGGCCGCCUACGUGCAGCUGAUGCCUUCCCUGGUCCAGCGCAGGAUUGCCGACUACGAGGCCGCCGGACGCGACCCCGCGCCUCCCGCCACCCUCCCGGGGUCCGACGCCUCUUGACCCGCCUGCGUCCAGCCCGCGCUGCCUCCGCGCUGCCCGUUUUGGGAGGAACGCUCGGAGGCCCCGAAGAGCGCGUUUGUGGCAGCGCCAAGCUCCAGGAGACCCCGCGGACGCAGGUAUCCUUCGAGCGGAGGAGAAGAGGCAGCGGCUGUAGGAGGACCACUUGGGAGCUGAGACAGGCUCCUUAGAAAAAACGGGCGUUUCCCAAGGCCCAGCUGAGUCGCCAGCAGGAGGCACUGCCCAUCAGACACCCGAAGGGCUCAAUGGGAGCUUUCCAUGACUGAGAAACAUCCUGGUCCAGGCGGAUGUUCUUGGGGCCGUUGAAACCCAGCCUUCAAAGCUUUUUGUUAACCACCACCUCUGCUUACCAGAGGCUGCUUCUCCUUUUCCCAAGCCGAGGUGGAGGCAAGAGCCUAAAACGCUCCUACCCGAAGGAUUCUGGUGAAGGACCAUGCCCAGCCCUGGACUAGGUGCUUGAAGGAGGACUCUGACAAUCUAGAAUUGGUGCUGGUGGAAUCUGUUUUCCUAAAGGGUGCCUCAGGUGGCCUUGUUUCUUCAAAAUGGCUCAGGAAGUCCCAAUGCUUGAUACCUGAGAUCUGUGUUGCUACUCCAUUGCGCAGCUGAGCAUUAAGCUUAAUUUGUUAUGCUUAAGUAAGCAUUAAGCAGGCCUGGCCUGGCCUGGCUUCAGCCACAGCACUGGGUUUUCCCCGAGGCACACUUGCUUCCAAUGUGACAGGGAGGGUCUGCGGGCUGGUGGUCUUUCAGGGCGCCUGUGAGAUCAUUGCUUUGAGGCUGGUAGCAGCAGCAGCAGGACCAAGACCCAUGUAGGAUGUGAGGCAGGAGUGUUUUAAGUUCCUGGAAGGAACUUAAUUGGUUGGAUCGGAUUUUUUUAUUACAUGUUAAAUGUUAAAUUCAGUAAUUGAAUUACCUCAUUUUCGGGAUAUACACUGUACUUGGAAUUCUACAGCAAUUACACAAGUCUUGUUUUUUGGAUUGCAUUAAAUGAUGAAAGCGAUACAGUU